CCUGGUGAGUAAUGCUGAUGGAAAUCGAUCAUUCUGGCAGUUCUCAUAGUAACUUGGGAGUACGAUUACUGUAGCCUCCCGUGUCGGGCCCAGAACUGUGGCUUGAACGCCCCACUCUUGUUCCCCUCCUCUUUCGGCCCGUGACCAUGCGUCAUAGAUCCCGUAGCCCAGGAAUCCGGCAGACUUGAACACCAGCAACUACCUACCGUCGUCAACGAGAUACACCGAGCUCUGAGCUUUCGCGUAAAGUUUCUGUUCAUUCAUUGUUGAUCAUCGGGAUACGAAGAAUCUCGGUGCUAUCUUCAGCCUCGGAUCCUGCGCUUCCAGUCCGAUUGGUCAGCAUGGCGUCUCCCAAGAACGUAUUUUCCCUGUCGACGAAGAUCAAGCUUCCCAAUGGCGCGUUCAUGCCGCAGAUCCAGCUAGGAGUCUACAUGACCUCUGGGAAGGAGACCGAGAAUGCAGUCAAAUGGGCCCUAGAGGCCGGAUAUCGAGGGGUCGAUAGUGCUCAGAUGUACCACAAUGAGAGGGAGGUCGGCCGUGCCAUCCUGUCCUUCCUCGAGAAAGAGAAGAACAAGCCCAAUGGACUGACGCGGGAGGAUAUCUUCUUCACAACGAAGCUGGCUUCCAACAAUGGCUACGACGCCACCCGUCGGUCGAUCAAGAAGUCUUUGAGUGUUUCAGGGCUGGACUACAUUGAUCUCUUCCUCAUCCACAGUCCCUAUGGCGGAAAGGCUCAGCGACUUGAGGCCUGGCGCGCUAUUGAGGAUGCCAUUCUGGAUAAUGAAAUCCGCACGGGAGGGGUCAGCAACUUUGGUGUCCGACAUCUGAAGGAGCUGCUUGGAUCGAGCCCUCGCAUCCGUCCUGCGGUCAACCAGAUUGAGGUGCAUCCGUUCAAUACUCGCACCGAUAUCACUUCAUUCUGUCAAGAGAACAACAUCGUGGUGGAAGCGUAUGCGCCACUGGCACGUGCGUAUCGCAAGAGUCACCCGACCGUUGUCGCGCUGUCGAAGAAGUAUGGAUGCACUUGGGCCCAGCUGCUGGUGCGAUGGAGUCUGCAGCAUGGAUACGUGCCGCUGCCGAAGAGCACGUCGAAGGAGCGGAUCAUUUCGAACGCGGAUGUGGGCGGAUUUGAGAUUGACGAGGCUGACAUGAAGACCCUGGAUGGGUUGGAUGAAUACCUUGUGACGGAUUGGGACCCGGUCGACGCGCCAUGAACAAUGUUAUCAAGACCUUGUAUUUGUGCUGGGACACGGGAACCACACUCUCUGUCACACGGCAGAAUGUAUCGAGUAGAAUAGGGAACAAAUAAUAGAGACGUACAUUACUUUUUCCGUCGUUCACGCCGUGCCAACAAUAGACUCAGCCUAAUCUCAUCUCAUAUCUCACCGUCAAUUUAUGUCAGGAUCGAAGACCACGGAAGGAAGGAUGUUGAAAUAGCAUCUGAUACGGGACUGAGAGCUUGAUUGCUUAAAGAGCUAGAGGGGAUGAAAUUUAUUGACUAUUUAUGCCCAUGGACGUCAUC